UCGGGCAAUCAGCUGUUUACCAGUUUUUUGACAAGUGAUACAAAAUUGUUUGUUUUGCUUAAAUUUCUAAAUUGCGUAAAUACCGAUUCUAAAAAUUAUAUUAUAUGCAGUAACAAAUUAUGGCAUGUCUUCUUAGGAACAUUAUGACGCCCACAUACCAAAGGUGCACUGCUUUAACACGAGCGCUAACAAUAUCGAAAUCCCUGCAAUCAACGGCAAAAGUCUCAGCCGAUUCUGACCAAAGGCUUCUUGUUAGCGACUCGUGCAUAAAACGACUAAAAGAAAUAUGUCAGGAUGGAAGCUUUUUACGCAUAACUGUGGAAGGAGGUGGCUGUUCCGGAUUUCAGUAUAAAUUCGACUUGGACUCCAAGCUGAAUGAAGACGAUCUUCAGUUUGGCAAAGAAGAAGCUAAAGUUGUCAUUGACAAUGUAUCUUUGGAGUAUUGCAAUGGAGCUACCGUCGACUACCAUACGGAACUUAUACGCUCCGGAUUUCGAAUGCUUGCAAAUCCAAAAGCUGAACAGGGUUGUUCUUGUGGAUCGUCUUUUGCUAUUAAGUUAGACUAAUUGUCAAAUAAUCACUACGUUGUUUCGUUCUGUAGUUUUACAUUAUUUAGUAUAUACAAAGGAUUUAAUAGUUUAUAAUUACACAAUAGCCGCAGUCAAAGACUAGGCAAAAUAAAAGAAGCAUAUUACAUAAA